AUGGGGAAGAAAAGAAACAACCAGAUACUGAAUGUGUCAAAAGAGGAGUUGAUGGUGAUGGCAGUUACAGACAUAAUCAGUGAAUUGAUAGUCGCUGACAGGGACAAGAAAGAUGUUGAUCUAAACAAACUGAAGACAAGAAUUUCAAGCAAGUACAAUAUGGCAAGUCAGCCACGCCUUGUAGACAUAAUUGCUGCUGUUCCACAGGAAUAUAAAAAGGUGUUACUUCCCAAGCUGAAAGCUAAACCUGUUCGCACAGCCAGUGGGAUUGCAGUUGUGGCAGUCAUGUGUAAGCCUCAUAGAUGUCCACAUAUUGCCAUGACAGGAAAUAUUUGUGUCUACUGUCCUGGGGGACCAGAUUCAGAUUUUGAAUACUCAACUCAAUCUUACACUGGAUAUGAGCCCACAUCAAUGAGGGCCAUUAGAGCACGUUACAAUCCAUACCUACAGACAAGACACAGAGUAGAACAGCUGCAGCAGCUGGGUCACAGUGUUGAUAAAGUGGAGUUCAUUGUUAUGGGUGGCACCUUCAUGAGUCUUCCUGAGGACUACAGGGAUGACUUUAUCAGGAAUCUCCAUGAUGCACUAAGUGGACACAGUAGUUCUAAUGUUCAAGAAGCUGUCAAAUUCUCUGAGAAAAGCACAGUGAAAUGUAUUGGUAUAACAAUAGAAACCAGGCCAGAUUACUGUCUGAAGAAACACUUAAGUGACAUGCUCAAGUACGGGUGUACCAGACUGGAGAUUGGUGUCCAGAGUGUGUACGAAGAUGUAGCCAGGGAUACAAACAGGGGGCAUACUGUCAGAGCUGUAUGUGAGUCAUUUCAGAUGUCCAAAGAUGCCGGUUUUAAAGUGGUUUCACACAUGAUGCCAGAUCUGCCCAAUGUUGGAUGGGAGAGGGAUAUUGAGCAGUUCAUAGAGUUUUUUGAAAACCCAGCAUUCCGAGCUGACGGGCUGAAAAUCUACCCAACUCUGGUGAUCAGAGGAACAGGCCUGUAUGAGCUGUGGAAAUCUGGGCGCUACAAGAGUUAUCCUCCCAGUCAGUUGAUUGAACUCAUAGCUCGCAUUCUAGCCCUUGUUCCUCCAUGGACCAGAGUAUACAGGGUUCAGAGGGACAUUCCUAUGCCACUGGUGUCUAGUGGAGUUGAGCAUGGUAACUUGCGUGAACUGGCUCUGGCAAGAAUGAAUGACCUUGGCACCCAGUGCAGAGAUGUUAGGACCAGAGAGGUUGGCAUUCAGGAGAUCCACCAUAAAGUCAAGCCUGAUCAGGUGGAACUUAUACGCAGAGAUUAUGUGGCCAACGGCGGGUGGGAAACUUUCCUAUCUUAUGAAGACCCAGAACAAGAUAUCCUCGUAGGGCUCCUGCGGCUGCGCAAAUGCUCGCCUGAUACAUUUAGGCCAGAACUGAAGGGAGGUUGUUCCAUCGUCAGAGAGCUGCAUGUUUAUGGAAGUGUUGUGCCUAUACAUACACGAGACCCUCGCAAAUUUCAGCAUCAG